AUGGCAACGAACCUCGAUAUUUUGUGUUUCUCUUUGUCACUGCUGUCGGCAGCAUGUCUCGCACACUUCAUCCCGAUUUCGACUGCCUUCGACCGGCCAGUUCACACUGUGAUCCUGGCGCUCACGGCUUGUUCUUUCGCUUUACCGAGUGCCAGUCGGGCAAUACCUCAAUUAUUUCCUCCUUCAGACGCAAAGCAGAGUCGAGGCCAGUAUACCGCCGUCCCACUAGAAGAACUCGGCGCGGCCAAUGGAAGACUGGAAUAUUCAGUUAUAACCUCAACGCAACCUAGACAUACUGGCAAGGUUCGCAUAUCGGUGUUGAGCCUGGCAGUUUUCGCCUUGUCUAUGCGCAUAGAGUUGUAUCGGCGCAUAUCUCAGGCAACAGAAUGCACCAUCGACAGCGUAGAAAUGUUUCUACCAUUCAUGUUGGCAAUCUAUGAUUCCAUCAGAGCCCAGCGCUCGCUUGACUUGCGGCAAGAAGAAAAGCCCGACAGUUCUGUAUACGAAUCAUUACGUGCAGCUGCCAGAACCUACGUUUUAAGACCACGAACUCGGUAUCUCCUGUCUAUCUUGAUGGUCUCGUACGGAUGCUAUCUCACGCAAGGUCUAUGGGCCUCAACCAACUCGACCUAUAUCUGCCCCCUUGCUCUUGGCGAACCGAAGACAAUUCCCAUGAUGCAAGUUGGUGCCCUGGCGCUGGAUUUAUGCCUUGUCGUCAUCGCCUAUGAGACUAUUCCAAAAUCUGACGGCAGAGGGCUUUCAGGACGACGAUGCGUAGUCCUCUGGAGUUCAGCUAUGAUUGCCACGUCAGUUAUUUGGUCGAUCGCUGCUGUCGUGGUGUAUCUUUUCAAGCCAGAAUACCGACUCUGGCUCUUGUUUCUUUUUCCGCCACUGGAUGUUGGCACAAUUUUUGCUAUGGCGUCCCAUGUUUUCCUUUUCUGCGUCUUGUGUAUAUCGUUUCUGCAUAGUAUCAUGACUUACGGCGCAUUGGAAAUGACAGCAUACCUUACGGCAUUCGUCACUAUGAUACCCGCAUUCGAGUUUAUUUGGUCGCACAGAAAUCCCUUUCCUCAAACGCCAUCUUCCGCGACGACACCAUCCUUUCUCCUGAUCUUUUUCGGCCAAUGGGCGUAUCGCUGGAUACAACAGGAAUUGGGUGGCAAAAACUCGAUGCGAUCGUCCAGACAAUUCUUGCUCUUUGUCGUCCUUUGCAUACUCAUCUUUCCCGCUUGGUUGAAGAAAGACUAUGUCCAUUUCCAUCCCAUUGAUAUGCUCAUGUACGACGCCACGCUCCAUCAUAAUAAGUAUCUUGAGACGGUGGGAAGCACCUCCUCGCUCGCAGAGGCCGUUACUGGAUACACCCAACGAUACAAUCGGAACCCUCCCCCCGGAUUCGAUGUCUGGUUCGAAUACGCAAAAAAUAGGUCCGUAUUGAUAGUGGACGAAUACGACCAGAUAUAUCAUGAUUUGCUACCUUUUCGCACGAUCUCACCCGCCGAUCUAAGGAGGCAGACAUGGGAAAUGGUAUCGAAUCCGUGGAAUGAAAUCUCGGGCAUCACCAUCCGAGACGGAGAAGCAAAAGUGCAAGAGAACGUCCUGCCAACUCAUCGAUGGAUGCUUGAGGGUGUCGCUGUUCUCAUCAACAGUUUUGCCCAACACCUCCCUGAUAUGGAUUUGGCCUUCAACUUGAAUGACGAAUCGAGGGUCGCUGUGCCGUACGAGCAGAUCAAAUCUCUCCGAGAACAAGGCCGAGCACAAGAUAAGAGCGGUAGCUCAGGUUGGUCCAAUGAUCGUGCAGGCGGAUGGCUGCCAAUUCCCGAAACAGAACGUACAGAAACUGUCUUUCGUGAUAACUCCUGGCGCAACAGUUUCCGUACCUUUGGCUCAAUAGGCUGUCCUCCUUCCUCCUUUGCACGGACUUCGCCACACAUUUCAUCCCAAUCUCACAUCUGCAGCAGCUGCGUGGCUCCACACUCUCUGGGCCAAUUCGUGGGCAACUGGUCUGAUGCAGCAGACAUAUGCCAUCAACCAGAUAUAGCUCAUCUCCACGGCUUCUACCUCUCGCCUGCGGCAUUCAAGACCAGUUACCAGCUCAUGCCCGUCUUCUCUCAAUCUAAACCGCACGGUUACAGCGACAUCCUGUACCCUUCCGCCUGGAAUUAUAUGGACAAGGUCAUCUACGCGCCGACAAAUCCCCAAGGUACACCUGGACAAGAAGACUACCACGCAGGUUUUCCGGACCUGCCGUUCAAGGAGAAAGAAAACGUUCUCUUCUGGCGCGGCGCCACCUCUGAGGGUGUCUCGUCGGACAGCGGCGCCUGGCGCGGUAUGACACGCCAGCGCCUCGUGCACAUGGCCAACAAUCUAACCAACCACCCUCACGAUGCGGUGACCGUCCUCCUUCCCAGUCCCGCCGACCACUCUAAAUAUCAGUAUCAGACAAUCCCUGGGGCCCAAAUCAAACAGCUUGGCUUGCAAACGGACAUUGCGAUUGUUGAUUUCAUCGCCCGGUGCGGCGGCAAAGACUGCACCGACCAAUCCCAAGAAUUCAAUCUGGUAGGACCCACGGACUUCCAGGCGCAUUGGCGGUAUCGAUUCCUGUUUGACCUCGACGGCGCCGGUUUCAGCGGCCGCUUUUUGCCGUUUCUCCGCUCGCACUCCCUCCCGUUCAAGACAGCCUUGUUUCGCGAGUGGUACGACUCCCGCCUCACGGCGUGGCUGCACUUUGUGCCACAGGACAUCCGCCUGCACGACGUUUGGAGCAGCCUGGCGUACUUUGCGGGCGUCAACGGGACCAUGUUUGGUCACAAGAUCUGGUGGAAGCCGCACUUGAAGGAGGCCGAGAUGAUCGCCGAGGCCGGGCGCGACUGGGCGGCCAAGGUGCUCCGCAAGGAGGAUAUGGAGUGUUACUUUUUCCGCCUGUUGCUCGAGUGGGCGCGCUUGUCAGAUGACAACAGGGACGAACUCGGCUUUGUACUAUGA